AUGUAUGAGUAUUGGAUGUACCAGUUUCUCAUGGUUGAAGGUGUAAUUCUCAGGGCUGCUUUGGACCAGCCUCUUCGUCCAGAUAAUGAAAUCUCUUCAGACUGCAAUCACCUCUUGUGGAACUACAAGCUGAACCUGACUACAGAUCCGAAGUUUGAAUCCGUGGCCAGAGAAGUCUGCAAGUCCACUAUUGCAGAGAUCAAGGAGUGUGCAGAUGAACCAGUUGGUAAAGGCUUCUUGGUGUCAUGUUUGGUGGAUCACAGAGGCAACAUCACCGAAUACCAGUGCCAUCAGUACAUCACUAAAAUGACAGCCAUUAUCUUCAGCGAUUAUCGGUUGAUCUGUGGCUUCAUGGAUGACUGCAAGGCUGACAUCAAUCUCCUGAAAUGUGGCAGCAUUCGACCUGGAGAAAAGGAUGCCCACUCACAAGGCGAAGUGGUGGCAUGCCUGGAAAAAGGCCUGGUAAAAGAGGCAGAGGAGACUGAUCCUCGAAUUCAGGUUUCUGAUCAGUGUAAGAAAGCAAUUCUUCGUGUAGCUGAACUCUCUUCGGAUGACUUCCACUUGGACCGGCAUCUCUACUUUGCAUGCCGAGAUGAUAGAGAACGAUUUUGUGAAAACACUCAGGCUGGGGAAGGCCGAGUCUACAAGUGCCUGUUUAAUCACAAGUUUGAAGAAUCAAUGAGUGAGAAGUGUCGUGAUGCGCUGACGACUCGCCAGAAACUGAUUGCCCAAGACUACAAAGUCAGUUACUCGCUGGCAAAGUCCUGUAAAAGUGACCUGAAGAAGUACCGCUGUAAUGUGGAGAACCUUCCCCGGUCUCGGGAAGCCAGGCUUUCCUACCUCUUGAUGUGCUUAGAGUCUGCUGUGCACAGAGGUCGACAAGUGAGCAGCGAGUGCCAGGGUGAAAUGUUGGAUUACCGGCGCAUGCUAAUGGAAGACUUCUCGCUGAGCCCAGAAAUCAUCCUGAGCUGCCGAGGGGAGAUCGAACACCACUGCUCAGGCCUGCAUCGGAAAGGUCGCACCCUGCAUUGCCUGAUGAAAGUAGUACGGGGCGAAAAGGGAAACGUCGGGCUGAAUUGUCAGCAGGCACUUCAAACACUGAUUCAAGAAACCGACCCCGGUGCAGAUUACCGCAUUGACCGAGCGUUGAAUGAGGCCUGUGAAUCAGUGAUACAGACCGCCUGCAAGCACAUACGGUCUGGAGACCCAAUGAUUCUGUCUUGCCUGAUGGAGCACUUGUAUACCGAGAAGAUGGUAGAGGACUGUGAGCAUAGGCUCCUGGAGCUCCAGUAUUUUAUAUCUCGUGAUUGGAAAUUGGAUACAGUCCUUUACCGCAAGUGUCAGGGAGAUGCCUCCCGUCUCUGCCAUACCCAUGGCUGGAAUGAGACUAGUGAGCUGAUGCCUCCAGGGGCUGUUUUCUCCUGCUUGUACAGGCAUGCGUACCGCACAGAGGAGCAAGGAAGGAGGCUAUCGCGAGAGUGCAGAGCAGAGGUCCAGAGAAUCCUCCAUCAGCGUGCCAUGGAUGUGAAGCUGGACCCAGCCCUCCAGGACAAGUGCAUGAUUGACUUAGGGAAGUGGUGCAGUGAAAAAACAGAGACAGGGCAGGAGCUGGAAUGCCUUCAGGACCAUCUUGAUGACUUGGUGUCUGAUUGCAGAGACAUAGUGGGAAACCUCACUGAGCUGGAGUCCGAGGACAUUCAAAUUGAAGCCUUGCUGAUGAGAGCAUGUGAGCCCAUUAUCCAGACGUUCUGUCAUGAGGUUGCAGAUAACCAGAUUGAUUCUGGGGACCUGAUGGAGUGUCUAAUACAGAACAAACACCAGAAGGAAAUGAAUGAAAAAUGUGCAAUCGGAGUUACUCAUUUCCAGCUGGUUCAAAUGAAAGAUUUUAGGUUCUCAUACAAGUUUAAAAUGGCUUGCAAGGAGGAUGUGCUGAAACUGUGCCCCAACAUCAAAAAAAA